AUGGAUGUUCCAAUGUUUUUCAAGGAGUGUCCUCAUCCCGAUGACAAUCAACGGCGUCAAUUAGGCAGGGAAUUGGGUCUUGAUCCUAAGCAAAUUAAGUUUUGGUUUCAAAAUAAGAGAACUCAAACAAAGGCUCAGAAUGAGAAAGCUGAUAACUCAGUUCUCCGGGCAGAAAAUGAAAGAAUCCAAGCUGAAAACUCAGCUAUCAGAGACGCCCUAAAGAAUGUGAUUUGCCCAUCAUGCGGUGGACCUCCCUGUGGAGAAGAAGAACGUCAACUUUGCCUACAGAAUUUGCAUUUGGACAAUGCUCGCUUGAAAGAAGAGCAUGAAAAGUUAUCCAACCUUCUUGCAAAAUUCAUAGGCAAACCAAUUCCACAUAUUGAUGCAUUGAUGCCUAUUCCUGGAUCAACAUUUGGUGCUUCAUUGCAACCAAAUUUUCAGAAUCAAGCAAUGGGGAGAGCUAAUCUCGAUCCUGAUCUUGGCUCGGGGCCACUGGACAACAUUUCGUUACCUUUUCAAUUUAAAGGAAUCACAGAUGUGGAGAAGACAAUCAUGGUAGAGACUGCUACUAAUGGAAUGGAUGAAUUGAUUAGGCUUCUUCGAAUCGAUGAACCCUUGUGGAACAAGUGCUUAACGGACGGAACAUAUGUUAUUAAUCGAGAUAGUUAUGAGAAGAUAUGCAUUAGGGCUAGUCACUUCAACAGUUCAAGUGCUCGCUUUGAGUCAUCAAAGGAUUCAAGGAUAGUGAAUAUGAAUGCAAUGCAAUUGAUUGACAACUUUUUAGAUUCGGAUAAAUGGGUGGAUACAUUUCCAACAAUUGUUACAGAAGCAAGGACGAUUCAAGUUCUUGAAGAAGGAAUUCCGGGAAAUAGGAGCGGUUGCUUGCAAUUGCAUGUGGAAGUUGAUGAUAAAAGCCAAACUCAUCGGCUAAGAGAUCUCAUUUGCAGUAGUUCUGCCUAUGGCAGAAAGUGGGUUGUUACUCUUCAAAGGAUAGUGAAAGGACUUCUUUUCUCCAUGGAUGAAACCUUACCUACUCAUGAACUUGGAGGAGCAACUAAUUUCCCUCAGUUAUCUGAAGUAAACAAUAGUGGCGUUAGAGGGCUGUUCGCCAAAACAUACAAAGAGCGCCAGUGGAACCGUUGUCAGCGCGGCUACCUCUCUCUGGCUUCCACUCCCUACUCAGGAAUACUUCAAUUUUUUCAAGAUCCUAAAAUGCGAGUUCAUCCGUUCGUCCCAACUGAGAACAACAUGUUAAUGCUUCAAGAGAGUUACAUAGAUGUGUUAGGGUCGAUGAUUGUGUAUGCUCCGAUAGACAUACCAUCAGUGAACCUUGCUAUAAGCGGAAAGGAUUCUUCAGAUAUUGCAAUACUUCCAUCUGGUUUUAUAAUCUCUGGUGAUGGGCGUCCAGAUAACAACAAUGGAGCUUCAACUAGUUCAAACUCUGGAAGCCCCGCUGGUUCCAGUGCUGGUGGUUCACUUCUCACAGUGGCUCUUCAGAUAUUGGUUUCAUCUUCAAAGGAGGUCAACGUGGAAUCUGUGGCCACCGUCAACACCCUUAUCAGCUCCACUGUUCAGAGGAUAAAGGCCACUUUGAAUUGCUGUAAUUUGGAUUGA